UUUUUGUGUGUGAACAUAAUGAAGAUUUUUAACUUGCUAUUUAUAUUUGGAUUUAUUUUAAAUAACUAUAUAAAUUGUUUAAUUAUUCCUGAGGAAGUACCGACAAUAUUAUCACUUAUUUAUUCAAAUAUACCACCGAUAAAAAAAGGAACGGAUUCGAGAGUUGGUGUUGGAUUUAGACUUGGUGAACAUGCUGAUUUUCAAGUUAUGCUUGAACUUGGUCCACAAAAAGAAACUGAAAAAUUUGGUAAUACAGAUAGUAAUAAAAGAAGAAGACAAAUAAUGCUUGAUUCAGCAAUGAAAGGUGAACUUGGUACUCUGGCUAAAAAUAUUGCAAAAUAUAAUAUUUAUAAAAUGAAACAAACACAGGUUAAAAGUCAAGAUAAACAUCAUCAAAUUAACGAUGAAAAAGACACAUCAAAUAAUUGGCUGAUAAAAUGGAGCAAAGAAAUGUCGAGCAAAAAUGAUGAUCAAAUUUCGGAAACUCCCGAGAUUCAAAAAAUUCGUAUGGCCUCAAAACCUGAAUAAAAAAAAAAAUUUUUAUCAUUAAUUAAACGGGUCAAGUGCAAUAAAUAAUUGGGUGUAAUUUUUUUUUUUUUUUUUCGCUUUUUAAUUGCUGGUUGUCGAGCUGGAUCUCCAAUUGAUAUAUUCAGUAUCUAUAUGUCGUGUUAAAAUUAAUUUAUAAUAUAUGCAACACUGCCAUAAUAAAUAAUUAU